GUACAACCCCCCGAAGCACCAUCCUCGGAGCCGUGUAGCUGUCAAUAUGGCAUUCCGGAUAUCCCUCAACAAGGCUGGCAAGCCGCAGCCAGGCUCGAAGACCAAAGCCGAAGAAGAUGCGAAAGCGCGCGAGGAGAAGAAUGCGCUGGACAAGGUCAUGGCGGACUUCAUGGAGGAGCAUGGCGACGAUAAAGGCGUGCUUGGGGAGACGGAACGAGACAACGAAGCUGAAAGAGACGUAUUCGUGCCAACGGGCGCUAAGAGACACUUCACGGGGCGGCCGAAGUCAAUGAAGAGCGGCCCAGGAACACUCGACGCGGAACUUGGAAUAGGUUUCUCCAGACCCGGCCCUCCAGGAGGCUUCGGUCUCCCGCCGCACUCAAGAUUUGGGGCCCCCGUGCCUCGAGGACCCGCGGGCCUGGAGGGUAAUAGAGAGGAGGAGAAUGUAUACACGACGGUAGUAGCGAAGGCUUCGAAUCUGCCGCCCACGAUCGACCGUAGCCGCGUAGGAGAGCUUUUCUCCGAUUUCCCGUCCCUCAAGGUUACGAAAGUCGAACCGAUACCGCCGUCACGUCCUUCGAGCCCGUCACACAAAGGCCGGCCGACCGCCUCCAUGAAGGUCAUAUUUGACAAAGAUGCCAGUGCCAGAGAUCUCGACGACGCAAUGAACAAGAUGAAUGACAGGAAAUAUCUGGGGAAGGGAUACUACCUGCAUCUUGAUCGAUAUCUUGGUGGCCGUAGCAUGAGCACAAAACAGCAGGAGGAGCCAUUUGGUGCUACUCUGAUAGAUGUGGAGAUAUCGAAGGGAUAUGCUCCCCCACCAGACCUUGGAGGCGUCAAUAGGGAACGGCCACGUGAAGAAGUCAUGAACAAGCGCCUAGUGGUUACCGCAAAUGCUCCACCGGAUCUUGCAACGCUCAAACUUAUACAUCAGACCAUCGAAGGUGUCAUUCUUGGCGGCCCCGAGUUCGAAGCUGCCUUGAUGGAAGAUCCCCAAGUUCAGGAAGAAGAGCGAUUCGCAUGGCUUUUCAACCAGAAGCACCCGCUUAAUCGCUAUUAUCGCUGGCGGCUGCACGAAAUAGUAACUUCUACGACUAGUCCAGAGUUAUUCCACCGCCAGCCAGAUUGGAAAGGCCCGAAGGAGCCGCUGAUGGAUGAGUAUGCUAGUGGUCUGUGGGAUCUCAACCACACAUAUGACGAGUCAGACGAGGAAGAGGAGGAGAAGCCGGCGCGGGUGACUAUACCCAUCGGCGAGAACUAUGCCGGCCGCGUUGAUACAGCCUAUGGGAUAAUGAACCCUCGGUCUCGGACGCUACUGAUAUGGCUGCUGGCCACGCUACCACCUAGCAGCGCAUUAUCAGAAGAAAUAGCCGCCUUUUCCGUCUUUGCAGUGGACCAUGUCACGAAAGGUCUGGACGAGGUGGUCCACCUUCUUAUUUCGAACAUACUGCAACCGUUUUACUUCACGAGAGCCAACCCAAAGCAUCGUGCAGAUGUACAGGAUGGCGAGGACGAUGCCCGCAAGCGUGGUCAGAUACCCCAGGUCACGACCAAUGCUCUUCGUGUUCUUUCGGACGUCGCUCUUACUACGAAUAAAGAGUCUGGAAUGUGUUAUAAAUAUCGAAUUGCUAUAGGCUCACAGCUCGUCGAGCGCAAAGUGUUCGAAUACCUGGAGACUCUUCCGGCCCAGCUAUCAAUGGGUCGGAUGGGGGAAACUCAGUAUCGAGAUGACGUGAACGCAAUCCUCAAAAUCUGGCAAGAAGAGCAUCUGUUCGAAAAGAAUAUACUGGAGCAUCUAGACAACGCCUUCAAUGCCCGCAAGAGGGAGAAGGAGCAGGAAGAGCAGGAGCGGAAGCAGGCCGAGCGGAGGAGACAGCGAAAAGGCGUUGUCCCCCGAAAACCUGCUAAUACAGGGAGUGGAGAAGACGAGGACAAGAUGGAUGUCGAUAAUGGCGUUGGUGCUCCUGGCGAUGGUCAAGAUGGGGCGAGCGAUGAGCCGUAUGAGCCACCGUCUCCAGAUGCUGUCCAGGCUGCAGAUCCGUCCAUCCCCCCUGAGCAGCCCACAGUGGCUUCAGAGCCGAAGGAAGAGUCAGCAUCUGAAGAGCCUAGGCAGGCACUUGCUCCAUCAGAGAUUCCUGGGGAGACUGCGGCUGCCAGGGCUCGGCGGCUCCGACCCAAGGCAGAGGAUAUGUUCGCUUCCGACGAGGAGUGAGCACUGCUCACCGGCAUUUCGAUAGGACUUGAUACGCCGUUAUUCCAUAUCCGAUCCAACAGCUCCUCGUUAGAUAUUACCGGUUGCAGCCAAUCGGCCCGUGUAUUGGGCGCGCAUAUUACCCCUUUCAUCAAGUCCACUAUUGAUAGCAUGCCCUGCGUGCUCCGUUGGACUUGGGAAGACGCUGUACGGUCGUUAGUAAGUGAUGGAGCUGCACUUGAAAGCGAGGAACUUGCUCUACCUCUGUCUCCGCGGCGGCGGGCCUCAUCCAUUCUUCUGGUCUGCCAGCGUCCACAGGCGGAACGGGCGCUUUUACAUAGCAUGGGAUGUUGGCGAUUUGACUAUAUGAUACCCUUGGUAACGCCACAGAUAAAAAAGCAAAUAUAUGAG